AUGGCUGCUGUUGUUAGAAUAUUUGACUGUAUUGCCGAAGGAAAUUUCGACCGCCAUUUUCGCUGGGCAAGCGUGCAAAAGGAAAUUACGGAUGUGGUUCCAUUGGCAAAAGAGCCUUUGGCGUUCGGUAAUGUACGACGUGCAAUUUUGAAAUCCGGUGAAGACACGGUAAAGGAUAUAUGCCGUCUUAUGACAGAGUUUGGCAAAAUUUUCCCUAACCACAUUGCCAAAUGCUUGACUCCGUUUGGAAAUGUGCUUACAUUCCCGUUUAUAUUUAUUAUGCUCGACAGGAGAUAUCCUUUGCUUUUAUCUUCAGUCAAUCAAGGGACAUUAUCAUAUGAAGAAGCCCAGAAAAUCAAACAAGCAGCAGUUAUACUGUUUCAAAGGUUAAUUGAAAUAUUGAGAGUAAAGCUGCAACUGCUUACCAGAAGAUU